CGUAGAUUUUUGAAACUGAAAGACAAAUUGUGCAUGAACUAAUAACUUGAAAUGAAAUUUAGCCAAUUUCACAAAUAAAGUAUUGGUAGAAAUUUAUUUAAAAAAUAUGCUUAAUCAAAUCGGAGGCAUCUUUUUUUGGGGGGAGGCAAUAACUAAGUACAUGCCUAUAAGCAGAGUAGUGGGUAGUCUGAUAUUUAAUUAUACUUGUAUCCAUCUUAAUUAAAAAGAAAUACUGGUAAUAAGAGAGGAAUUGUUGUGUGAUUCUACAAAUGGCGAGACUAUCUUCACCAAAUUUCUUAUUCCUUGUCGUCAUCCUCUUGGUUUCUUGUAAUGAGACAAGGGUAUUAGUUCCGAGCGAGGCGAAACAUUUAUGUGACAAAACGGAGAACGGUGGAUGCUCGAUUAGCAGGCCUGGCACAGAAUGCGAAGCCGAUUGCAAGAGGAAAGGCUUCGACACUUAUCAGUGCACAUUUCCCAUUCAAUUCAUUAGUCCCGGGUGGACGUGCUGGUGCCAUAGAUGGUGUGAUGAUCAAAACGACCAUCACCGCAACAAAGACUACAACACCGUGAUGAACCAGCCUGCACAUCUCCAUAUAUCACAAGUAGGCGGAGGGGGAGGAGCUUGUGGCGACCUCUAAAUGAUCAGAUUGAAUGCGUAGUAUGAGUCACUUAAUAAAUUCUUUGAGAUACC